UCCCCUCACACACCACCCAAAACAGAAUGAGUGACAUUGAAGACUAUGGCCGAAGGGUCGGGAGGUCAGCAUCAAAGUCACGGAGCGGGAGCCCCGAUGAACUUAGAAAGUCCGAACACCAGUCUGCUUCUCGAUCUCCUUCAAGGGCAUCGGACCUGUCGGGGUCACGGAUUCCACACUCGCGGUCUAGAUCAAGAUCCAGGGCAAGGUCGUACUGUCGACACCGAUCUCACAGGCACUAUUCACGAUCCAGAUCACGUUCUCGGUCGUACAGAAGAAGAUCCAGGAGCCGAUCGUAUUCACCCGACUACAGGCGUAGGAGAAGCUACAGCCGUUCUCCUAUGUCAAACCGACGCAGACAUGUCGGAAACCGGGCAAACCCAGACCCUAAUAGUUGCCUGGGAGUGUUUGGUUUGAGCUUGUACACUACAGAACGGGAUCUCCGUGAUGUGUUCUCGCAUUAUGGACCACUUGCAUCAAUCAAUGUUGUGUACGAUCAGCGAACGGGACGAUCAAGAGGUUUCGGUUUUGUCUACUUUGAGAAUGUUGAAGACUCGAAAGAAGCAAAGGAACGUGUUAAUGGGAUGGAACUUGGUGGCCGGCGCAUUCGGGUAGAUUACUCCAUUACAAAAAGAGCCCACACUCCAACUCCAGGAAUCUAUAUGGGCAGACCUACAACUGAUAGAAGCGACAGAUAUGAUGAGCGGGACUACAGCGGGCGAUACCGACGACGCUCACCUUCCCCCUAUUACAGCAGAUACAGAUCUCGGUCUAGAUCUCGUUCGUACACACCACGUCGGUACUGAGGCUCCAGGUUUAAACGAAUGAGAACCCUUUCAAACCUAUAGUGGAUGUUUGAAUUAAAGGAUAAUUCCUUGGCCGUUGUGAUUUUUUUUUUUAGUUUUAUUUUAAGCAAAUUCUAUGUACAGAAGUAGUCUUUUUUGUUUUCAGGAUGUUCUAGACUUCCAGUGCUUCAUUAAGGUUCCUGUGUUUUGGUACAUAAAGUACAUGGAUACCUCUUUUUAAUGGGGAAUCCAUACACUCACAUUACAUCAAAGUGUCAAAAUGCUCAACUUUGAAAUAUCAAGGCACGUGUACUUGUUUUGUGGACCAUGUAUUUGAUUAUGUAGUACUUUAUUAAGACGUCCAAUUGUAAAGCGGCAAUUGAGCAGUGAUGAUAUGCAAUAAAUUCUUAAAGCUGCAGGACUCGA